GCGACUGGCCUCCUUUCUGCUUCGACGAAGGCUCUGCCUCUGCUUCCUUUCCAAAGCCGGCGACCUGCAAAAGGCUCCAGCGCCUUCUUCUCCCGACGAAGACACCGGCAAGGCGGCAUCGAGGAGCGGCCAGGUUGGAGGCAAGGCGGAGCCCCGACGCGAACCAAUUCUUUUUCCGUUCGGGGAGACGCGCCUGAGCUGAGCGCGGAAUCCUCAGAUUUUCUAUCGAAUUGCCGGUGCUUAGGGAGUUUGAAAGGUAAUAUUUUGUGAUGUUGACUUGUUUAUUGAUGAAAAACCAUGGAGAUCGUUCGACUAGGGUUGUAUUGGUUGAAAUUUUAUGACAGAGGAUUAUGAGAUUAGGGUUUAUUUCAAAUUACGGCUUGUGUUGGCUAGCAUCUUUGAUUUGUAUCUUUUUUGCGCUAAAUAGAAGUGGGUUGAGCGAAAAUUUCUCCUUCUAGGUACCAGGAUUGAUCCUUUGCCUGAAUAACUCCGUGUCUUCCUUGUGAGGUUGUAAUUGGCAUUCUUUCAUGGUAUUGAACUUUAGGUUUUUCUUUUUAGGUUUUCUGCCCGUGAUCAAGAUUUAAGUGCUUCUUGAUAAAGUCAAUGUGUUAUGGAGGCUACGUGGUUGAGUUUGAUGUACCUCUCAUUCCCUUGCUUAAGCAACAAAACUGUGGAGCACUUAUGCGUUGUGGGUUUCUGCUCUCGUGUUUGAAGUCACAAUCCUAUGAUGAUUGACUUUCAUGUAAUUGUUACCCAGCAGUUGCAUAAUUUAUGCCAGUAGAGAAUUAGAAUCCUAUCCAAAUUCCCCAACUAGUCUUUGGCUCAUAUAUGUUGGGUUGAUAUAGUUAAAUGAAGAGCCAGUUGAGGUAUUUGCUUCGUUUUUGGAACCCAGAGACACUAAAUAUUGUUUUCUUGUUGUUGCCGUCACAGGUAAUUUCAGGAGAAAGCACUUCCGAGAGUCAUGAAGCUUUCAUUCUCAAUCUCUGCAAAAUCUUCUUCCAAACCUACAACUAAACCGAUACUUGCUUCAAAAGACGAAGAAAGUGAACAGAGACAGAAAGAGUAUGUGACAGAGUUCGAUCCCUCGAAGUCUAAUGCUACACUAAAUAAACCUAAAUUCAUUAUUCCUCCAAAGGAGAAUGAAUGGCGGCCUCACAAGAGAAUGAAGAACAUCCACAGCCUUGCUUCUCUUCAAUCUGAUACCUCAGCUAAUGACGUCCGCUUUGAGGUUGCUGUUGAUGGCGUGGAUGAUGGCAGUGGUGGCAAUGUAUCCUAUGGGCUUAAUGUUCGACAGAAUGAAAAUGGAGAUUCUUCUACUAAAGAUGGUAUUGGUGGUUUCUCAUCUGAAAAUUCCAGCACCGAGAAUAUGCUUUUGGAGAAGUUGAAGUAUGAUUUACAACAUCUUCCUGAUGACGAAGGGUUCAAGGAGUUUGAGGAUGUUCCGGUAGAGGGUUUUGGUGCAGCCUUACUGGCUGGUUAUGGAUGGACAGAAGGAAGGGGUAUUGGGAAGAAUGCCAAGGUAGAUGUUGAAGUCAAGCAAUAUUUCAAGAGAACAGAUAAGCAAGGACUAGGGUUUUUGUCCCAUGAAUCUGAAAUGAGUAGUGACAAGAACAAGCAGAAGGAGAAAGGUAGAGAAAUAGAGAAAGAAAAGGACAGAGAUGGCAAGGCUGAUGGGUUUGCUGUAGGUAAAGUUGUGAGGGUGGUUGCUGGUUCAAGGGGGGAUGCUGUAGGUUCCAAGGGUACUGUUGUUGAGAUACUAGGUACUGAGUGGCUAGUUCUGAAGCUUGCAAAAACCGGGGAGGAAUUAAGGGUACAUGCUUCGGAUGUUGCAGCCUUAGGAUCGGGGGAAGAAGAGAAGUGCUUGAAGAAACUGAAAGAGUUAAGAAUUAGAAGUGAAAAGCAGUCAUCAAACGGCGGGAAGAGUGGAAACCGCAGGAGCGGGGCAAGUGAAAGGACAAGAGACUAUGAUAGAAUAAAACCUGACAAAGAAAGGGGGACCCCAUGGCUAAACAAUCACAUUAGGGUGAGGAUCAUAAGUAAGGACAUGAAAGGCGGUAGAUUGUACUUGAAGAAAGGGGAAGUGGUGGAUGUGGUAGGACCAUAUAUCUGCGACAUCGCCAUGGAUGGAAGCAGAGAGCUGGUACAGGGCGUUGAUCAGGAUCUUCUUGAGACUGCAUUGCCAAGGAGUGGGGGUCCUGUCCUUGUUCUGUAUGGAAAACAUAAGGGAGUGUAUGGGAAGUUGGUGAAAAGGGAUUUAGAAAAGGAAUCCGGGGUUGUGCAAGAUUCAGAUACCCAUGAGUUCCUCAAAGUUAAACUUGAGCAAAUAGCAGAGUAUAUUGGUGAUCCAAGUGAAAUUGGGUAUUAAAUAAUUCCUUGGAGCUAGCUGCUGGAGUUAGCUGGCUGCUCAGUCUUUCAGCAGGUAAUUUGAUGCAUGUGUUAUGAUGACGCAUCAUCCAUGUUUGUUUUCUAGGGAGUUCUUUGUGGAACCUGUGGCUGUUUUGUGCAAAAUAUGUGCCUUGAUUGUAUCCUCUUCUCUCUCCUUCUUCAUUCCCUAUGUCAUAAUGUUGAUGUUACUCGUUUUACUCGUGUGCAACGUAAAAUUGAUCAGUUGCUGAUUUACCAACAGUGUUGUGAAAUCUGAAUGGCAUUUGGUGCCAUUGAAAACAACUUUUACUCUGUACCCUUCUGAGCAUCUUCUUUUCUUUAAUGAAUUCAUUCUGCACUACACCUUCAUACGAAGAAGGUUAAAUAAGUUGAUUCUGCUCUUAUUAGUAUUUGGUUUCAUGGUGAGGUGGUUCCUUCCGUAUUUGUGAUAUUCCUUUCUUUCCACUUAAUGGCAGAGGUGAUGUUCAAGAAUUUGCUAUUGUGAAGCUGACACCGGACUCGGGGUUUCUUCAUGGCGUAUACAGAACCGAAACCCCCUUAUGGUGGUAUUACCGAUGGACCGAACAAGCUACAAUUUGCUAGCCUUUACUGCACAGCCAUGGUGGGAUUCAGUCGUUGGUGCAUGCGUAUGCCACCGACUUUACGUGCACAGCAUAACUAUUGAUGAACUGCUAGCGGCAUAGCACUAACAGAAGGCAAUGCCAACUGAAUCGUACUGCAGAUUAAAGACUAGGCCCCGUCCGCUGAACACAACAAUCGGCUUUCUUCUUAUUCUGCACUCUCUCUUGGAUUUGAAUAAGUUGGAUGAAUGCCUUGCCCGCUGCUGAAUGUGCAAAAAAACUGCAGGCAAGUGUACCUAUUGCUCUACGCAAUACAGUGCCAAGUUUGUAUCUUACGAGCCCUGUACUAAGCUAUCUAAUAGUUAUGUAUGUAGCCUAUCAAAGAAAGCAAAUCAAAGAUUACUCAAUAAAUAAUUAAUGCGAAAUAAAGGCAAGUGUUAACUAUUUGUGCGUCUUUACCUAUUAAUCCACUCAGUUUAUUGGUUAUCAAACAGAACGAUUGAAACAUUAAACUAAAAAUUAAUUGAUGGGAAAAGAAGUUCCCUUCACUCUGUGGCUUUGUGGAAUCCGAUCUUUCCAAAACAAUUCGAAUACUAACACAUGGGCACCACUAACGACGGUCCUGCUGCUGGCUAUGUUAUCGGUCCGGUGCAAGACGGGCUCGAUGUCGAGUCGUUGUCCUUAAACAUGUGAUCUUAGACGGUGUUCUAAAUCGUGUUUUGCUUUUUACUCAAUUUCGAAAUAACUACCUGGUCGAAAUUUGAAAAAGUUGGUGAACACGGCCAGAUUAUGCCUAGCUCAAAUAGUAUUGAGUCUUUCGUUUUCAGCCUUUCUAGACUUUUUAUCCAAGUAAUCUCACUCGAUCUCUUUGACGAACGAGCCUGGAGACAUGGAAAUUUUGAAUUUGAUCUUCUUUUCAUAUAAUAUAAAUCUUUAUUGUUAAUAGGGAAACAUUAAAAUAAAAAAAACACCAAAUUAAGACGAAAUACCUAACACAAAACUAGCAAAACCGACGAACCUCAUGCCAAAUGAAGUUAAGAAAAGGUUGGUUCUGUCUUGGAGCGUUGACUUUCCCCUCCUACUGCCGGACCAUUGAUGGGAUGUAAAUCAUAAUUCAUCCGAAUUUGAUCAUCGUCAUUUGAAUAUUUAUAUAUAUUGCCUCUGUUUGUUUUACUUGUUCUACGUACCUAUCCAGAAGGAAAGAGAGAAAGAACAAGCAGAUAGAAACAGUGGCAGCAGUUAAUAUUUUAUGAAAAUAGGGCCUGCAACUGCAAUUAAUGCAAAUAAUUGAC